AUGACUCUUGCAAAGCUAUCUACGCUCCUGGCCUCGGCCACUCUUGUUGCCGGUCACGGCUAUGUCUCUAGCAUCGUAGCCGAUGGCAAAAACUACACUGGCUACCUCGUUGACAAGUACUCCCACAUGGAUCCUGCCCCCGAGAGCGUCGGCUGGACAACAACAGCAACCGAUCUUGGGUUCGAAGAUGGCACCGAAUACCAAGACCCGAACAUCAUCUGUCACCGAGACGGAACCAACGCAGCUUUGAGUGCCACUGUCAAGGCUGGCUCCGAUGUUGAGAUCCAAUGGACUACCUGGCCAGAGUCGCACCACGGUCCUGUCAUCACUUACCUCGCCGCGUGCAACGGUGACUGCAGCACAGUCGACAAGGCUGCGCUGGAAUUCUUCAAGAUUGAAGAAGAUGGUCUCAUCGAUGGUGCCUCUCCUCCAGGACACUGGGCCACUGAUGACCUUAUUGCUGCUGGCGGCAAGUGGACUGUGAGGAUCCCUGCUACUAUCGCUGCCGGUAACUACGUCAUGCGCCAUGAGAUUAUCGGUCUGCACUCUGCUGGCAACAAGAAUGGUGCUCAGAACUACCCGCAGUGCUUCAACUUGGCCGUCACUGGUGGUGGAAGUGAUAAGCCCAAGGGCAAGCUUGGUGUGGAGUUGUACACCAACACUGAUCCCGGCAUCUUGUUCGAUCUUUACUCUACCCUUAAGGAGUACAUUAUCCCCGGACCUCCUUUGUACGCGUGA